UUGGUGUGCGUCKCUCCUUGAAAGAUACCAAAAGUGUCGAGUCAUAACAAAGGGAUCUCAUUGCCAGAUCAUUAGGUCGCAAAGGAGUACAAUUUGAAGCUUACUCACGAUUCAAGAACGAGCUCAAGCUGGAAGAACCGCCGCAGAUUUAGGUCACCUCCAACCCGAAUAUAUUUAUCAACCAACCAAUCGCCAUGGCGAACGGGAACAGCGACGGCAAACGCGCAAAUUCAGGUGGUGAUGGCUCGAAGAAGAAGAAAAAGAACAAGGGCGCRAAGAAAUCCGUUCCUUUUACUCCCGUGGAACGAAUGGAAGACAUGGCCUUAACCUCGCGCGUAACCGAAGCUAUGAGUCCACACCUGAACGGGCUGACCGACAAGACGCUGACAGAAUUCAUCGUUCACUUAACGGAAACGCAGUUGAAAAAGGGGGGAGCCGCGGCGGUUGUCUGGCAGGAAGGGUACAAUCUGGGAACGCAUCUAUUGCUAGAGGAGUCGCAAAAACUGAAACAACGAAUGUCCGAAAACGGGGCACCCGACCUGCCUCUGAGUCUGUGUAAAAGCCUGCUAGAGUGGGUCAACGGUCAAUCGCCGAGGAUCCAGCGAUGGGCAAAGAAACAGCGCCAAAAAGCCGAGGCGCAACGGCAAGCAAGGGACGGGAACAAAUUUAAGAGUACGGUGGAGGGAGCUUCUCACCCCAUGUCGACAAACUUUCCGGGGCUUGCCAAACCCAAUCUGCAAAAUAGUGUCCCCCUCGAAAGYGGGUUUUACGAACACAACUCGAGCACGUCGAAAGAUUCGAAAAAGCCCCCUCCGGUGGUUUCUUCUGGAGGUGGUGCCGUCGAGUCGAGUCGGCGCAGGGGAAUUUCGAACCUGCCAGCGUGGAUGACGAACAAAAGCGACAACAACGAUGGCAAUCUGAAGCGUCCGCGAUCGGCUCCAACUCUGGAAGUUCACCAAAUUUAUACCGGUCGGGUCGAGCAGGUAUUGGACUUUGGGAUUCGCAUUAGUUUGGACGAUUUUAAAACCAACAAUAAUUCGGGCAUGUGCUAUAAGAACCAGCUUCCAAAUAAUUAUGAACGUCGUGAUUUUCGCAAGGGUCAAUCGGUAUGGGUCAAAUUGAUUUCAAUGACAACAAGCAACAACGGAGACAAAAAACUCAUUCUUUCCAUCAAGGAUGUCGACCAAAAGACKGGAAAAGAUUUGAUGCCCUUCCGCAGGACCGCUGCUAUGGAAUCAUCGUUGUCGUCAUCGGUGGACAUCAAUACCAAGACAGCAACAAAAGCAUCCAUGUCCUCCACUGCCGUCGUCCAUCCCGGACUGGACGUUGACAAACUCCGAGCGCAGCAGCGAGAUUCGAAUCUUGCGGGUAGGGGGUUCCGACCGACCAAACAGGCCCUGACGGAGCACGAACUUUUUGAAGCACAGCAACUCAUCAAAUCCGGAGUCUUGCCCGUCGAGCAGUAUCCCACGUUCGAUCCGGAGCACGGAAUGCUGGCGGUGGAAGAAACGGAAGAAGAGACSGAGGUGGAAUUGGCCGAGACCGAACCAAACUUCCUUCGUGGGCAAACAAAAAGGAGCGGCCGAAGAGACCUCGAGCCUAUCAAGAUUGUCAAAAACCCGGAUGGUUCGCUUCAGCGAGCCGCACUUCAACAAGGUACCAUGGCGAAGGAACGACGGGAAUUACGUCAGGCCCAGGCCAAUCAAUUGAUCGAUAGUAUUCCCAAGGACUUGAAUCGACCGUGGGAAGAUCCUCUGCCAGAAGCGGGAGAACGCCAUUUCGCGCAAGAAUUGCGCAGUAUCAACGUCAUGUCGCAACUMGAGGGGGCGCCGGAAUGGAAACAAAAGGCAGAAAACAAGACACUAAGCUAUGGUAUCAUCUCCAACAAAUCAAUCAAAGAACAACGAGAGUCACUUCCUAUUUACAGAUURAAAAAUGAAYUGAUAUCCGCUGUUACCAAGAAUCAAAUACUAGUUGUGAUUGGCGAGACCGGUAGUGGAAAGACGACACAAAUGACCCAGUACCUCGAUGAAAUGGGAAUUACGAAACGAGGCAUGAUCGGCUGUACACAACCUCGUCGUGUCGCUGCAUGUUCUGUUGCCAAGCGUGUUGCAGAAGAAUAUKGGUGUGCUUUGGGUGAGCAGGUCGGUUACUCCAUUCGAUUCGAGGACGUCACAUCGUCCGACACAAUCAUAAAGUACAUGACAGAUGGUAUGCUCAUGAGAGAAUAUCUGGCGGACAAUGAUUUGAAGCGAUAUUCUGCACUGAUGCUCGAUGAAGCUCAUGAGCGGACCAUCCACACCGAUGUCCUUUUUGGCCUUUUGAAGGAUUUGUGCCGCCGGAGGCCGGAUUUGAAAAUUAUUGUGACUUCGGCAACACUCGAUGCCGAAAAGUUCUCGACGUACUUUUUUAUGUGCCCCAUCUUUACGAUUCCGGGUAGAACCUUUCCCGUCGAGAUUUUAUAUACGAAAGAGCCCGAAAGCGAUUACCUGGAUGCGUGCUUGAUCACAGUAAUGCAAAUCCAUCUSUCGGAACCCGCAGGAGAUAUUCUGGUGUUUUUGACCGGUCAGGAAGAGAUCGAUACGUGCUGCGAGACUUUGUACACACGAAUGCAAGCCUUGGGUGACCUGGCGCCCGAACUCAUUAUUCUUCCGGUUUAUUCUGCAUUGCCAUCAGAAAUGCAGUCGCGAAUUUUCGAGCCGGCUCCCCCCGGAUCCCGCAAAUGUGUGGUAGCAACUAAUAUUGCCGAGGCAUCKUUGACGAUUGACGGGAUUUACUAUGUCGUAGAUCCCGGGUUUUCGAAACAAAAAGCAUUCAAUCCUAAAUUGGGAAUGGAUUCUUUGGUAGUAACUCCAAUCAGCCAAGCGUCUGCAAGGCAGAGAGCUGGCCGUGCAGGAAGAACCGGCCCGGGCAAGUGCUAUAGGUUGUACACCGAACACGCCUUCAAGACUGAAAUGUUAUCCACCAACAUUCCAGAAAUCCAAAGGACAAAUCUCGGAAAUGUUGUUUUGCAGCUGAAGGCAAUGGGCAUCAACGAUUUGCUUGGAUUUGACUUCAUGGAUCCACCACCAGUUGCAACCCUUGUGGGAGCUCUUGAAACGCUGUAUGCGCUUGGUGCCCUAGACGAAGAAGGUUUGUUGUCGAGAUUGGGAAGGAAAAUGGCAGAAUUUCCUCUCGAACCAAACCUAUCCAAGAUGCUGAUUCUUUCGGUUGAUCUGAGUUGUUCCGAGGAGAUAUUGACCAUUACCGCCAUGUUGAGUGUGGAAAAUCCAUUUUACAGACCAAAAGACAAACAGUCGCAAGCCGACAUGAGAAAGGCCAAGUUCCACCAAGCAGAAGGUGAUCAUCUGACACUACUAGCAGUCUAUCAGGGCUGGGAAGCAGCAAAGUUUUCAAACCCCUGGUGUUUCGAGAACUUCAUUCAAGCCAGGAGCAUGAGACGAGCACAGGAUGUCAGAAAACAGCUGGUGACGAUCAUGGACCGGUAUCGUUUGUUGUUGAUMAGGGCGGGCAAAAAUCACAAACUCAUAUGCAAGGCCAUCACGGCUGGGUUCUUCACAAAURCUGCCAAGAARGAUCCACAAGAAGGCUACCGGACGCUGGUGGAUCAGAAUCCGGUUUACAUUCACCCGUCUUCCGCCCUUUUCAACAAGAAUCCGGAGUACGUGAUCUACCACGAAUUGGUGUUGACCACGAAGGAAUAUAUGAGAAACAUAAUGGUUAUCGAUGCCAAAUGGCUGACCGAACUGGCUCCUAACUUCUACAAGCCCGCCGAUCCAAACAAGAUCACGAAACAGAAACGUAAAGAAAAGAUCGAGCCACUUCACGACAGGUUCAAUCCAAAGGAUGCUUGGCGUCUUUCAAGACGAAAAGGGUAGAUAGUAUCACUCCAAUUGACAUUCAUACCUUGAGAAAAAUAUUUGAUACGGCAGCAUUAUUGUAUUUUCGCUACUAUUUACUACUAAAUAAUAAUAAUCGAUUCUA